AUGAAGACGGUGGUGAAAGGACAAGUUGACGAAGUUUCGAAGGAGUGGACGCUCGAGCCCGAACACGAGUUCAGAUUCGAGGUGGAUUUUGGCGCAACAGUGAAAUUAAAGCUGAUCACUGGCACUGCUGAAAUAUACGGUACAGAGAUCGGAAUAGGUCCUGAAUAUGAAUUUUCAGGCCGCAAAGUAGCCUUGUUUACUUGGCAUGGUUGUAAAAUAGAGAUAUCCGGAACUUGUAGUGUAGAGUAUGUUGAAGGCGAAACACCGAUGGUUAGCUACCUUAAUAUGCACCUGGCACUCGAACAAUGCAGGGAAGAGGCCAAAGCUAAGGAGGAGAUGGGACCAAGGGUAAUGAUUGUUGGCCCCGAAGACGUCGGAAAGACUUCAUUAAGCAAGAUAUUACUUGCGUACGCAUUUCGUCAAGGAAGGCAGCCUAUAUUUGCUGAUCUGGACACCAGCGAGGCAAGUAUGAAUCGAAUGGCCAUUGAAGGCUCCAUCACAAUGCCUGGAACCAUCACCGCAACCGUGAUUAAUCAAAUAAUAGAUGUCGAAGAAGGAUUUGGUUCCUCGACGACAACUUCACCAUCACUGGGCUCUUCGAUGAUCCCGAUAGCCUAUUACUACGGAUAUUCUGAUGUUGGGGAAAACAUCAAGCUUUACAAAGUGCUGACAGCAAAAUUAGCUCAGACGGUUAAACUUCGUGCGGCCAACGAUGAAGAUGCCAAAAUUUCAGGGAUAGUAAUUGACACCAGCGGUUUGAUAGAUAACACUGGAUACGAAAUUAUCCAACAUUGCGUAGAAGUAUUUGAUGUGAACAUCAUUAUCGUUCUGGGUCAUGAAAGGUUGUAUAGCGACAUGGCAAGACUUUAUAAAGAGCGUUCCGAGAUUCACGUCUUGAAAUUAAUUAAAUCCGGCGGGGUCGUUGGUAGAGACAAAGCAUUUCGCCGCCAAAUUCAAAUGCGCAAGAUUCGUGAAUACUUUUAUGGUCUACCGAAAUUUGAACUUUCUCCCUAUUCCACGACAAUUAACUUAAAUGAAGUGUCCAUCUAUCGAGUGGGGGUUGGGUCGUUGGCGCCUUCUUCUGCCUUGCCGAUUGGUAUUGACAGGAAAGUCAGCGAGACGCAGCUGGUGAAGGUAGAGCCGGAUGACUUGAUACGUCACUCGAUAUUGGCGCUCACAUCUUCGAAUAGUGCUGACGAGCGUAGCUUACUCGAAUCGAACAUAAUUGGAUUUAUACGAGU